AUGGAGUGCACGCCUUUGGAUAUCGUAAUCAAGUUUGCAAAGGACUUGAAGGACGUCAAUCUUUUCUCCAAAAUGGAUGUCUACGCCCUCGUUAACAUCAACGGCAACCACGUAACGAAACAUGCUACUUAUAGCGUCAGGACCUUAUCUGGGAAGACCAAGGGAACUCUGGAUAUCUCCUACAAGUUCAAUGAAAAGUUCACCGCGCCUGAGAUUAAGCAGGCAGAGUCGGUUAUGGCGUACCCUGUGGGCUAUGCCGCUGGAUCAAGUGGCGCUGCUGCGUAUUCGCCACCGGGAGCAUACCCACAGCCAACGUAUGCGCACCCACAGGUUGCGCCAGGAUAUGCUGGGUACCCACCUGGGGGAUACCCACAGUAUCCCCAGUACCCUCCGCCUGGCGGGUAUCCACUGCAGCCGGCUUACGGGUACGGUGGAUAUGCGGCGCUGGUGCAGCAGCCACAUAAACCAAAGAAGAAUUGGGUGGGGGGGGGGGGGGGGGAGGGAUGGCUUGGAGACAUGAUAUCGGAUGUUGCUUCCUAUGAUGCUGGUUUUGAUGAUGGGUUUGAUUUUUAAUUGUUAUUUAUUUGUCUUGACACUUUUUAAUUGUCUUCAAUUCGUUUUAGAUAGAGCGAUUUCUGGGCAUGUAGAUGGAAGAACGAGGAUGUAAUAAAUAAUAUGUGCUUUUGGGUGUAUAUAUUUUUAUUCAAUGUAACUUUUCAUUUUAUUUUUUGUGAGAUCCCUACACA